AUGGACGGGGAGGACGGCGACAUGGACGGCGCCGACGUUGGUAUGGCCGCCGCCAGGGACAACGCGGUGAAGCUGCAGGAGCUCAACGAGAUGAAGUGCAGGCUGGAGGAGAUGGAGGAGGAGGCCGCCGCCUUCCGCGAUACACAGGCCAAUGUCACCAAGGAGAUGCAAGGCAGUGUGUUGCUGAACUACCAGACACUGCUGCCCAAGAAGGCUGGCUGGCAGAAAGGAUAA